AUGACAGUCAUUGCUUCAUCCGCCAUCCAAUCAGACCAAUCCCAACCGUGGCAGGAGAAAAGCUCUGGGAGUCUGGGGUCGCACUGUCUGGCGCAACUAGUGCAGUCCGCCCAGGUGAGCCAGGUUAUUUGUGUCCUUCGAAACAGUCUCAGUCAUAGCCCGUUCGUCAGCCCAGAGGCCUAUCGCAACCAGCUGCAGGAGAAGAAGUUAUUCUCAUCACCUGUGAUCCCACGGACGAAAGCGAGUAUCGAGAAUUCCAGCGCCCUAUCACCCAUGUUAUGCACGCCGUCUGGCCCAUGGACUUUCGUCCCGGUUCGUUAUCGCUCCGUGGCCAGUUGCAGUUCCUCCGCCAUCUAUUUGCCCUGGCUAUCUUUCAUCGCGGCGGUGGUACAACGUGGCCUCACCCCGGCCCAUGCCGGUGAGUUGAUCCUGGAGGCCUCCGUGGCCACCCAAGAGUCAGCUACCGGACUGGGAUAUGCCGACGGAAGGAUAGUUUGCGAGAAGAUACUGGAGCUGGCGGCAGUCACGUAUUCGGACGAGCUGGAGAUCGCCAUAGUCCGAGGAGGUCCUAUCGUAGGAUCUCGCGCCACGGGUAUUUGGAUCACCAAGGAGGUGGUGCCCGUGAUGUUGCGAUCAUCGUUGAGCCUUAGAAAGCUGCCCCGGCUGCGAGGGGCACGGAGUGAUCUACUGGACACCGUGGGGCCUGUUCUAGGGCUUACCAGGCGCAUUCCCUUUGACAAGUGGCUGGCUGCUGUGGUGGAAGCAGCCGAGACGGAGGGCACCACACACAGGUACCCCGCGCUGAAGCUGAAGGCCUUUUUCGCGCGGCUGUUUGAACCCGCCGUGUGUCGGCAUGUUAUAUUGGCCACCGGUCGCUCUCGGGCCUGUUCGCUCACUCUACGCCAGAUGCAGGCCGUGGAGGAUAAGGUGGUGCUCAAGUUGGUUCAGCACUGGAAGGAUAUUGGCUAUUUCGCAUAG